AACUCAAGAAGAAAUGUAUAGAAUAGUGAAUGUGUUGGAGAAUUUUGAAGGACCCACAGUCAAAGAAUGCAUGAAGAUUUUGAAGAGGCUUUUGACUUAUGAGGAUCCAUUAUACUAUGUAGCAAUUAAUGCAUUUUGCAAGAAGAAAGAGUAUAGAGAGGUGUGGAUGGAGAUGGAAAGUGACGAAGAGCGAAUGAGAUGGAUUCAAAGCUUGCGAAAAUAACUUUUUAAAUAUUUGUUUUAGAUUUGUGGAAUGCCUAGGGUAUAUGACUUAUAUGAUGAUUUUAAUUUGGUACUUUUGGUUUGUUUGUUUUGGAUAUUUGAUACAUUUAAACUUUUCCAAUUAUAAGACUUUCUCUCUACAUUUUAUGGAUAUUUGUUUUGGAUAUUUAUUACUCAUACAUUGUUAUAACUAUUUGAUUAUAUUGUUAUGUUUUUAUUUCAUAACUAUUUUUUUUUAUAAUAGAUAUUCUUAUGGAGAAUCCUUCACAUCACUCAAAUAGUUCAAGUUUAUCAUCAUCAAGUGAAGAUGAAGAUACAAAGUUAGAAGUGACAAGAGUUUUAAAAAGAAGAUUGGUUGUGUUGUUGCUCAAAUUAUUGAGUGACUCAUCCAUUAAUAAGGAAUGAGUCUCUACUUCAUCAUUUACAGGUUCACUUUUCAUUCAAGAGCUUUUAAAUGGUUCAUCUAGCACAUGUUAUGAACUAAUGCGGAUGGAAAAACAUGGAUUUAUUUCUCUAUGUCACAUGUUUCGAGAAAAAGGAUGGCUUGUUGACAGUAAACAUUUGAAUGUUGAAGAGAAAAUGGCCAUGUUUCUUAUGACUAUUAGUCAUAAUCUUCGGAAUCGAUUGAUUAAGAAUAGAUUCCAACACUCAAGUCAAACAAUUCAUAAAUACUUCCAUGAGGUUUUAGUGGCCAUGGUGAAUUUCUCAAAAGAGAUGAUUACUCCUCCAUCAUUCAAUGAUAGUUCAAAUGGUAUCUCCAAUCGUCGGCUAAGACAAAUUUUUAAGGAUGUUGUUGGUGCAAUUGAUGGAACUCUUAUCCAUGCAUGUAUUCCCACUAAUCAACAAGUACCUUAUCGAGGUCGUGGGAGAGGAGAGUGUUUUCAAAAUGUUAUGGCAGUUUGUGAUUUUGACAUGAUAUUUAGGUUUGUUGUUGUUGGAUGGGAAGGAACAGCUCAUGAUUCAAGAGUCUUGACAGAAACUAUUCGUAACCCGCAACAUAAUUUUCCAAUGCCCCCAUCAGAAAAAUAUUAUUUAGUAGAUGCAGCAUACACACACACUCAAGGUUUUAUGACACCAUAUCGUAAUGUGCACUAUUGGUUGAGUGAUUUUCGUAGUGGUGGUAAAGCUGUAGGAAAAGAGGAGAUAUUCAACCAAUGUCAUGCAAGAUUAAGAAAUGUCAUUGAACGUGCUUUUGGUGUUGUUAAGGCGUGUUUUCCAAUCUUGAAGAGAAUGGCACCUUAUUCGUUUACUACUCAAACAAAAAUUGUCAUGACAUGCUUCUCCAUUCACAAUUUUCUUCAACAAAUCUCAGUUGCGGAUAGAUUAUUUUCUGAAUAUGACAAUGAAGUGGAAUUGGAAAGUGACAAUGCCAAUCAAAAUCAAAACUCAACUACAAGCAAUUUUUUUGCAGCAUCUGAUCAAGAAUUCAUGCAACAGUUCCGAAACCAAAUCGCAAAUGAACUCUUUGAAGUGUUUAGUUAA